AUGCCUGGUGAAAGGGCGACCCUGAAUCCGCCAGGCGCAGUUGCUAAAGACGAGCCCGCGCCAAUCGGUGGUGGUGGUGGUGGUGGUGGUGGUGGUGGUGGUGGUGGCGGGAGGGGUUUGGUGGUGGGAAGACCUCAAAGGAUCCUGACGGGCAGCCAGUUCGUGAAGAGGUAUCGGACUGAGGUCGCGGCGAGUGCGAGUAGCUGCGUUUCCACAUUUAUCGCCGUGAGUUUUUCCGGCCGCUCCUGGCUUCUCAAGAUGCGGGUGUCGGAUGCUGAGAUAUCUUGUUGCUUGCCAUUAGUUUCCCCUAGAUUCGAUAAAGACUCGCAUGCAAGCGUAAGUGCUUCCCAGCAAUGAAUACCGUCCCAAUGGAGCAUUCGAAGCCUCUCUUGAAGCUUGAAAGCUCUAUCUCGUGAUGCAAUCUACCCUCUGACCCUCUCUAGGUACAAGUUUCGGAGCUUCUGGGACUGCGUCACUCAAACCCAGAAGACGGAAGGAACGAAAGGUUUUUGGCGCGGUAUGCGAUGCUCAUCCCUGCUUAAACUCGAUCGUUGCAGAUUUUGAGCCCAAUUUCUAACUAAUCCCUUAUCUUGAAGGAAGUCUCGCGCCCCUGGCCUCAGUAACGCUUGUUCGGACGGUCUCGUUUUCGAUAUACUCCAAGUCUAAAGUUACACUCUCCGGAAUCCUCCAACCAGUUUUCGGCAAGAAUGCGAUUUCUCCCCCUAACACUCCUUACAAGCCGCUCAAUCCGUUAUACUGGUUCAUGAGCGGGGCCAUCGCUGGUGGAGCAAUCACUGUUAUUGCAUGUAAGUGUUUUUGCCCUUUCUCCGCUGGAGCUAUGAGGGCCGGCCCCCGGGUUAUUUUUCUGGGUGGAUUGGGAUGAUAAUAAGGGCUUGUUACGUAGGUCCAUUCGAGUUUACAAAGUUAUCAUCACAGAUUGAGCUGUUAAUGGCCCGGUCACGGAUGGCGAGUGUGGAUGAUCCCAGUCACAUCACCAGAUACCAGCCGAAGGGGACUUUCCAGAGUGCCAGAAGCAUUGUCCAAAACCGGGGUAUCUGGGGAUUGUAUUCCGGGUUUCACCUACAUUUUAGUGAGUUAUAUCAUAGAUUUGUCCGCAGACUUUUCCUGCCCGCGGUAAAUUAUACUGACCAACGACAAAAGUCCGCGACACACUUGGCACUGCUAUGUACUUCAGCGUAUGCGAGCCUAUUAGCUCCCUUUUCUAGCUACGUUUAUGAACUGACUAGGUUCUUAGUUCUAUGAGAGCGGGAAGCAAUUAUUUGCCUCUUCGAAUGGUGCUGGACCUCUGGCUAUUGCGACUUCUGGGGGUUUAUGUGGCCUCCUCAGCUGGGUUCUAGUUGGUGCUGCCCGCGUGUUUUGAAUCGUGUGACCUGCUGAUGAGACAAUCGCCAGGUAUAUCCAAUCGACUCUGCAAAGUCAAUAUACCAAAGAGAUGUCCUUACCCAUCGGCCAGGAGAAGCUCUCCCUAAUAGACCUUUUCGCUUUUUUAAUAGGAGAAUGUAAGGUCAUCCACACAUGUCCCAAGCUUGUCCAAGCCCACUGGGAUUGCUAUUGGCCUGUAUGAUUGGCCCACAGAAUCCCUGGCUAAUAUGCCAUAGGUAUCGAGGACUUGGUGUUUCUAUGGCUCGGACUUGCAUAGUAAAUUCGGUAUUCUGGAGCACUUAUGAAUUCAUAAAACGGAAGGUCGACUCGAUUGUUUAGAAGACUAUGCACUUGAGAAAUGGAUAAGGGUCUUGUCCCCUCCUUUCUCUCUCUUACAUUCGUUUUUUGCGGUCCGAGAGAGUGUUUUCAGGGGCAGUAUUUUAUUUUCCAUCUCCAAGUGUUUUCUGAUGUUUUUCAACUUCCUCUUUACCCCCACUUUCUUCUCCGAAGCUUGUUUCAUUUCUUAGGUGGACAAUUGGGUUAAUACGAAGAAGCCGAUCGCAGUGAUUUCACCUCACAUUACCACACUAUAGGGGUAUGUUGUCUGUGUGUCACGCCGUGAUUCUUUUUUGGAUCCUACUCUGGUGGCAUUGUAUCAUUUCUCCAGUUUGGCGUUCAUGGUGUGAGAGCUAGUGUUUUCCUGGGAGUAGGUUGGAUUUUUCAUUUUCAUCUCUUUCAUGGUCGGGUCAGGUCGGUUGAGAAGAAAGGUUUUGUGCGCUUUUCACACACUUGUGUAUGUAAUAUAUCAUGUAGCUAGCGGCGUCUUUCCGAUGGAAUACGGAUGUGCUGUGCGAGGGGAGGUAAUCGGCGUACAGCAUCUUCUCUUAUCUUAACGUUUACCCUUUAACACUUUAUGUGGUUCGGGAUACGAGGGCUACGAUACAAACACCCACCAUUACUUGGCUUGCUGUGAUAUCGGGACCAUAGGCACGAUAAUCCAAAAAUCGAGUGAGAAUACAUGUGUCAUGUGGCGAGUGCCAAGGCUCCCGGGAUUCAGUGACAGAGCCACGUUUUUCAACCGUUA